UUCAGAGCGCCUCGUGAAAUGCAGUCGCUUCAAGCUGUGCUUUGUGUGCUCAUUUUGCUUCCGAUCUGCAUAGGAGCUGUCCGGUACCUGGAGGAACCCUGUGGACUCGGUGGAGGACUACCUGAAGGUCUGGAAUACAGAAUAUCCAAUGGCUCGUAUGCAGGAAAUGCGGGUUGGAUGGCAGCUAUCCACGAUUCAAAUGCUUUUAUCUGUGGCGGGACGCUGAUUAACAAACACUAUGUAUUAACCGCUGCUCAUUGUGUAAAAUACAAUCAACAGAACUUAAUGGUUAGCCUGGGAGCCUACAACAAACAUCAACCCCUUGCUCGGUACCGAGUCAGCCAUGUUGAGGUACACAGUGCAUUUAAUGGUCCUUGGAAUGACAUAGCCCUGCUGAGGCUGGACGGUGCGGUGGCCUACAGUGACGUUAUCUAUCCCAUCUGCAUAGUUCUGGAUCAGGCAUUUAAAUACCGGGUUGAGAGCACACAGUCGUUCAGGGUUUUUGGCUGGGGAAUAACUUCCAAUGGCCAGGAGAGCGAAACCCUUCAAACGGCCAUGCUGAAUAACUAUAAUCGAGCAGAGUGCGAAAGGGUAACCAGACUGCCAGUGCCUUCCUAUCAGAUUUGUGCUGGGGCUCCUGCCGCAGAUGCGUGCAAAGGAGAUUCAGGAGGUCCAUUGGUCGCCGAAUACUACAGUCGCCAAACGCAGAUAGGCAUUGUGAGCUACGGCCUGGAGAACUACCAGAACCUGGGGAUCUAUACAUGUGUGACCAGCUACGUGGACUGGAUCGAGGACACUAUGAAGAGGCUUGAUGACUCCCAAGUGCAAAAUUAUGAGAACUUUUGGUUGUAUGGAGAUUGCGGGGGUGGGGGUGGGGACACAAGCGAUCUCCUGACCGCGCACAUUGCUGGACUCGUCCUUGAGACGGAGGGCGUUCUGAUCACGGACCAAUUUGUCCUCACACAAAGCAAGCUCCUACCAUGUAUUCGGCUAUUUAUAACUGUGACUGUGAAGCAUCGGAGGAGGGCCAUUGGAGAAUACUCUGUUGCCUCAGUCUUCAAGCAUCCGAAUUACAACUUUUUAACCAGGUCAAAUAACAUAGCUUUGCUGAAACUCAAUCGACGAGUGUACUAUCCGGAUGGAGUCAGGCCGAUCUGUCUGCUCGCCAAGGAAAACAACCUACUUUACUCUUGGAUGUAUGCAGCUGCCGAUAUUUGUGCACUCGCAACCGAACUCCAACCCACGCAAAUUUGUAUGAUCCCAGGGCACAACGAAAUAGCUGGCGGUUUUGCUGUAAAAAUUGUGUCCAACUCGAAAAGGAAUUGGCUGGUUUUGACUGGCCUUGGUUGCUAUUCCUUCAGAGGUCUGACCAUCUGCGAAGAUGUCCGACAUCACAGGUCAUGGAUAGCGAGUACUGUGGAUGAAAAUUGAAAUAUAACGAGCCGUGUAAUAUGCAAUUUAAUGCAAUACAUUUUGAGCUUUGAUAAAUCCAAAAUUUUAAAUUUCAAAGAUAAUAAAUUGCUUGCACUCGACUCUUUGGCCCUUUCACUGGG